CCUUGUGUCGGCUGUAGGCUGAAAAGGAAUCGUGGGGUGGAGGGAGCCGAUACACGUUAAAGAUGCCGUAUGGUAUUAAAUAAAGGUGGCGACUGCCGAAUAAAUAACGUAGCAAUUUCCCUCCUACCACCCCUCUUUAGAGAAAAAAACAGCAUAGAUAUCCGGUAUCCUCCAUGAGAGCUGGCAGCAGGUUUGGAGACUGGUACGAGCCUUUGCUGCAUCAUCUUGGAACUAGGACCGAGUAAGGCAGCACUUUAAAAGGACACUUACAUUUUAGAAACACAAUUACUUUGCAUUUGUCAUCUGAAAGUCUCAAAGCCCCUUACAGAUGUUCGUUAAACUACACAGACAUUUGGGUUUCAAUCACUUCAGAAAAUCAUCUUCCUGGAGACCCACUUUCCGACUCCCAAUUCCACACCUUCCCUGAAGCAACGACAGGAGCUGGCCGGGCUCCACGCAAAAGGAAUUUUGCAACGGUACUCGUGAGACAAGAUUAAACUCGCGUUAGCGCAAUGGGUGUUGCAAGUACGCGAUUUCUUUGUUCUCCCUGGUUACAGGCCCUGCUAUUUGUCAGCACUGAAUUUCUCCUCUUUGCCUACAACCCGCAGCCCCAGCGCUCCGUCCUCUCCCGCUGGUUGAGCUGGGGGCAACGGCCGGAGGCCGCGGGCGCUGAGAGUCCUGGACGGGCGGCUAAGCGUCCGGCCUUCUCCCCGGCACGGGAGCGGCGGGCGGCCACGCUGCAGCGCCCAGCGCGGAACCACUGUGGCAUGGGAAUGGGCUGAUCCGAACCGACGGCCCCGGGCCGGUUCCGCGCCCGCGGCUUAGCCUUCCCUCAGAGUAAGAAGAGUCGCGCGCCGCCGUACCCACUCCCAGUUAGCCCGCUUGCCUGAGACUGCCGUCCGGGCCCGGGCCCGGGCCAAUCCCUGGACGGGGCGGGGUCUCGUUAAAUCCCGCCCUGCAGCUGCGGUCGUCGGGGGGCGUGGCUUGUGACGGCAGGGAGGAGAGUAACGCGGGAGCGCUUGGGGCCGAGAGUUCGCGGCAGUGGGCGCGGGCUCGGGCGCGAGCCGGGUCCUAAGGUCGCGCGGGCGAGAGUGCACUUGCCCGGGCGGCCGCGUGAGGUGUGUGGCGCGCGCCGCGCCGGCCAGCCCCGCUUUCCAUCGCGUCCCUCGGGGGUGGGGCGGCCACUUUCCCACCCAGCCGCAGCAGCAGCAAAGAGCAUGUCCUCGAGUAGGGCCAAGAAAGUGAAGAUGGCCACCAAGUCCUGCCCGGAGUGCGACCAGCAGGUUCCUGUUGCAUGCAAAUCGUGCCCUUGUGGCUACAUAUUUAUUAGUCGAAAGCUCUUGCAUGCCAAACGUGCUGAGAAAUCACCACCCACUGCAGAAAACAAGAGUGAGGCCAAAAGGAGACGAACAGAGAGAGUUAAGCGAGAGAAGAUAAAUUCUGCAGUAAAUAAAGACUUAGAAAACAGAAAAAGGUCCAGAUCUAACAGCCAUUCAGAUCAUAGCAGACGGGGACGAGGAAGACCUAAGAGUGCCUCAGCCAAAAAGUAUGAGGAAGAAAGAGAGAAACAAGAAAAAGAAGUUGACAUGUAUGCUAACCUUUCAGAUGAAAAGGCUUUCGUGUUUUCAGUGGCCUUGGCGGAAAUAAACAGAAAAAUUAUCAAUCAAAGACUUAUUCUCUAACUCACCACAUAAUCUGACUUUGUUGUAUGCAGUGUGGCUAGCAUAUUUUCAAGGUGUCAUGGACUCCCGGGAGGCAUAUUGUCUUCAUCAACCAGGACCAUAGCUUUUCCCUGUUAAAACUGUGCUGCUGUUUUGGAGCUCACAGACUUUUGUGUGUCUACACAUCAGCAAGAAGCAACGUUGUCAACAUUUGAGUUCUUUAUGCCUUGGAGACUAAUGCUCGAUGAACGCACAGAGAGAAUGCACCAUUUCCAGAGCACUUCGUUAGAUUUGCUGCCCAGAAAUGCAAUAUUUUAAAUACUUUCUGAAAGAAUGAUUUUCUUUUUAGAACUAAAUAUAUUUCAGAUUUUUCAACUAUAUUACAGUUUACAUAUGUAUAGUUCAUCUAACCUUUUAAUAAAUUGAUAUUCUGAUAUUUUAUUGAA